UCGAGGAUCAUCAUAGUUUGUGGCAGCCGGCCGAGUAGCCGACUUGGAUCGCUUGACAGGUCUCGUUCAUCUCCGCCGAGUGGCUGACUUCUGUCGCAAGCGCAAAGAGGGGAUCGGAGAAGGCGGCAGCCGGCAAGGUGUCACCUCCGUAUCGGCCAUUGCUCGGGGGUUCUGUGGGCAUCGUAGAAUGAGAACACGGUCUCCAUUCACCGAUGUGCCAAACUUGAUCGCUUCUCUCGAACAAAUUUAUGAAGGAUAAAGAGAAUGGUACUUCUGACAAGGUCUUGCUCUUGCUCUAUCCCCUCAACCUCCUCUCCAUAUCGCAACCAUGUGGGCAUCAUCGCCUUCGUCGCCCCUUCCGUCGGUCGUCGUUAUCCCCCGGCGCUCAUCCUCUGCGCAUGAAUACCUCCGCUCACUCGCCUCACUCACUGUUGUUCCGACUACACGGAACUCCUGCCACCAUGCGACACGUGCGUCCGCAUUCCAUGCGAUGGGCAAACUGUCGCCGCUGCUCACUGCUGAAUCGGACACGGACGACUCGGACGGCCCCGCCACUCCGACGACUCCGGUCAUGCGUCAUCUUUCGUUUGAUUCCAUAUACUUCAACGUCGCCCUUGCGGCCAUUCCGUCUGAUUGCUUGUCUACGCCCAUGACGACGCCGACCGUGGGGCACACCUCUCCGCCACCACAUUUCUCGGCCGCACCGCCACCGUCUGCGGUCUUCACUGACCCGUUUCGCACAAACAAAUCUGGGACCGAUGCGACCGGGCCUGUUGCCGUGUUGAACAAACCACGUCUCGCCCCAUCACCUGCAUCUGUCACCCCGCUUCUACAAUUUGCACCCGAUCCGCUCUCCCUCAUCGCGGCUGGAUACGCGCCCUCCACCGCCUUGGCUGUCACUGACCUGGACUCGUCCGUCACUGGCAUUCUGCGCUCAUCGUCGCACGCGUCUACUGUGAUCUUGCCGCCCACCUCGCCACUUGCCGAUGCGUGUCUAUGCCUCCCUACUGACGAUGACGAUGGAAUUUUACCCUGUAUGGACGCAUCCUCGGCGCUCUCUGGCACCAUCACCAUCCACACCUCCGACACGACAACGGGCUUCGUCAUGGUAACCUCAGCGUCCUCUCGAUCAGCAGAGCAAAAAGACGCCGCCAAGGACGCGGUCCUGGCGGCACUAAGCGAUGUCGUGCAGGUUCAGCCUGAAUCGUCAUCCAGCCCACAGCCUCACGCGGGCGCUGCUUGCAGCGCCCGCGUGAACUACUCGGCAGGUUCAUCACCGCUCAACCCUGCGUCGCAGCUCGAUUCGUCCUCUGUGCCACCCGCUUUGCCUCGCAAAGACCCGGUCGACGUCGGCAGCGGCUCUGGCUCCGGCGCCGCCGCGUCGAACAAGCCCAAAAGCUUUGGCGGGAGGUUCUCACAGGUCUUCAAGAAACAUGGUGAGGAGAAGGAAAACAAGCGCAAAGCAAAGGAAGUGCGCAUGCGCGAAGAGAUCAACAAAAGCUCGCAAAAGCUGAGUAGGAUGGACAUCAUCGACCGUCUCGACGCUAGCGCGAUCAACGGUUUCAGCAUGUUCCACCACGACUCACCGUACGACGCCGUCUCGGAGCAUCGGAACAAGAACUCGAAGCGCGCGCCUGUCAUGGCGUUCGACCCCAGCAUCGACCCGAUGACCGGCCAACCGUGGAAGCACGGCCAGGGCCCGUCCGCGUUGCGGAACAGCAACGGCAGUUCGCGCACGGGCCCGAGCCCGCCGACGGAAUCGAAGCUCGCGCACAUGGACAGCGCAGACGACCACAAUGACGGUGCUGCAGGCGUGUCCAACGGUAACGUUCCCGCACUCAGCAUGUAUGAUUCGACUGCCUCGGCCACCGCAUUCGUUUCGCCCUCCCUCGCCGAUCACCCAGACCACAACGCGGACGCCGAGCGGAACUGGCGCAAUGAGCAGGGGUACUGGACGCAGCCAUCCAACCUUCCGUCGUCGCGGUACGACGUGUCCAACCCGAAUGCCGACAUCUGGGGCGUCAGCGCCGAGCCAUGGCAGGACUUCGCAAACCCCAAACCGCGCCCCCCAUCCAGCAGCGCGCUCUCGCCGCAUGUGGGCGGCAGCGCCAGCGCAAGGCUGAGCACGGACAACAGGAGUGGCGUCGACAGCUCGGCGAGCAGUGUGCUCGACAUGGAGGCCAUCAUGACUGGUAACACUUCCAAGAACCGCAGGCCCAGCCCCAGCCCUGCUGGCCCAGACGCUAUGGGUGGCGUCAGCCCGUUCCCCGAGCCCAAUUGGGGCGACGCGGUACCCAAGAGAAGCAAAUCUCUGAUCAAGCGCAUUAGGAGUGUCAGACAAUCUCCCAAGGUGCCCAUGCUCGACGACCAGGCGAACGACCGCCCGCCGCCGCCUUUGGCUUCGCGCCGCAACAAGGGCGCCGGUGGCCUCGGACACAAGUACUCGUCCAGCUCGCCGUCACUGACACGCGCAGUGCCCGACAGUACGCCCACAGACACGCACCCCUUGCCCCCGCCCGGCGCGGACGGCAACAGUGCAGAUCGCUCCGACUUGAUUGCGCAGGCCUCGUCGUUUGCGCUCGACACUGAUCUGCGCGUGAACGCAGGCGCCGCGGGCGUCGGCGCCACCUACGGUGGGCAGCAGGCGCAGACGUCCGGCAAGAGCUCCAAUGUCGGCCGCAACGGUAGCCUGUUCAACCGCUUUGGCAGGCAGAAGAGCAAGUCGCCUGUGCCAGAAUGAUCAUGUUGAACAGUGUAUAGCGUCCUGCAUGUCUUUUUCCCUUCCAACCUCCUGCCCCUUUGCCCUGAACGAACACCAUUGCUUGUGGGUCGUCGGGAGCAGUGCACCAACACAUGCAUGCUGACCCCUCCGCCAUGCCAUGCGACACGCAUUCACGAAGCCGGUGCGGACAAUCCUCAUCUUCUUCAGGGUUUCCCGAAUUACGUCUCCGAAAGCCGUGUAAUCCAUCACAUUCGUUUCGGUUUCUUUAUAGAAUACUGUUGCUUCCCUGA